UCCCACCGCACCCAAUUCACAAAACCCGGCGACUACAUCUCGACCACAAUAUCUGGCUUUCCCAUCUUCCUCGUUUUAGACAAAGACAACAAAAUCAGAGCAUUUCACAACGUCUGUCGUCAUCGCGCAUACACCAUCACCACGAAAGAGCGCGGGCCGUCGACUGUUCUCGGAUGUCGAUAUCACAGAUGGAGGUACAACACAUACGGGCAGCUGAUUAAGGCCCCGCAUUUUGAUAGAUUCUAUAGAUUUGAUAAGACUCAGAACGGGUUGUUUGAGAUUCAUACGUUUACGGCUAGAUGUGGAUUGGUUUUUGUGAAUCUGGAUGCGAGGUCUGCGGUUGCAGGGCCUGGAGUUUGGCUUCUGAAUUUGUUUACACACAAGAAUGGACUCAUUCAGUCUGGUUGGGUUGCUGGAGAAAUUCUGGAGGGUCUUUUAACUGGAAACUGGGAUGCGAAUUCUUCUUCUCUGUUCUCGUGGAUUGUCUAA